AUGCGAGAAGUCAACUUCAGUAUCCCGAAUGUGAACAAGGCCUCGGUCAACAUCAGCACCACCCUAUAUGACCGGCGUGCGCUCGAUUGCACAUCAACCCUCCCCUUGAUCAAUUCUCUCAAUCAUCUCGCCUAUCUCACAACUUCCUCGGCUCGAAUUCGAGACAUUCUCACUGUCGAUGGCGGCAUUGAAAGACUCGUCUGCAUCCUCAAGGAGGGCAGGAGUAAGGAUAUAAUGGAAAUGUGGAAAUGGAGUCUUGCAUUUCAAUGUGUCGUCAACAUCGGAGUGCGAGGCUCGGAAAAUGUGCGAACCAGAGUCGUCGAGGCCGACAUGGUUCCGGUGAUUGCCACGAUCUUGGAUAAUUACAUCAAGGUGGUGGACAAGGUGCGAUCGCGCGCCGACCCCGAAUCACACAAGCACUCUUCCAGCCGCCCCACCGUGAAGCCUAGUUCCUCCAGCCAUGAAAUAUCCGGUCGGUCUUCUAUUAUGGAGACCGACGACACGGAAACCCGCCCCUCCCGCCGACAAGUUCCUCCCCCGAAUAUCGAAAUUCCUCAGCCUUUCUAUCAGGAAACUCAGCCGACUGAUACCGAUGCAAUGGAUAUUACAUCUCCUCCUCGCGCCCCGCUCACCUCGCCACCGGAGCGAAGCACAUUCCAAGAUGUUCCAAACCACCGGUCUCAUGACGCUCGGUAUGCUACCCGCACAAGUCAUCGCCUCCGAACCAUGCAGCCCCUUGCCACAACUGUCCAUCCAAUGGAUAACGCAGAAGGAUUCGGCCUGCGACCGGUACGGGAUACGGAACGCCUACCAAGUAUGCUCCCUAGCCUGCAGACGGGCGUCAUCUCCCAGCCAGACUCGCCGACAACACCCAGUGGACCGAUGCAUUCUCAAUCUCAUCAUCCUCGCAGCGUCCCCCCGCCGCCGCCUCCCAUAAGACGACCAGUAGUGCAGCAGACACUCUCGGCUUCGGGAGAAUCUGACGAUGCAAAUGGCGAGGACUCUGCCAUGGGUGAUGACAAUGUUUUAGAACGCCCAGCAGAGCCGAUUGUUGGCCUCCCUACCCGGAUGGACAUUGACAGCGUGGAUGAGACGUCGACAACAACCAUGAUUGAUGAUGUCUCUCCUGCUCACGGCUUGACUGUCACCACCGAAGAGGGACAGGAUGCAGAUACCUUCAACAUCGCCCAUCGCUCGACUGAUGGCAGUCUCAUUAACAAUAACGGCACCACCCAGACGAAUGGGGGAUUGGGUCUCUCCCCCACCCAGGCCCCGAAUAACCCCAACUCUCCAACCCUCGCUCCCAGCCCUUACACUUUGUAUCUCCGGGAUCGAAAUACCUCCGCAACGCAGAGCGUUCUGACCACCAUGCCUCGUGAGGAAGACGUCUUGAUGUCCCUGCAACUCCUGGCUUACGUCUCCAAAUACUGUAACCUUCGAACUUAUUUCCAACGCUCUCAUCUCGUGCCGAGACUCAAGGUGGACCGCGAAUUGCAUCUUCUCGAUGACAAUGCCGAUCCUUCUACUCCCAUCGAGGCACCCGAGGAUGAAGACGAGUACCUUUUGCCUGACGAUGUCAAUAUAUUCCCACUGGUUGAGAAGUUCACUGUCCGACACCAUUCCAAGGAUAUGCAGUACUGGGCCUGCGUGGUGAUGCGAAAUCUGUGCCGCAAGGACGAGUCGCGCGGUGGGAUUAGGCAAUGUGCCUAUUACAAGUGUGGCAAGUGGGAAGAGUUCCAGCGUCAGUUUGCCAAAUGUCGCCGCUGCCGUCGCACCAAGUACUGCAGCAAAGAUUGCCAGAAAGCCGCGUGGGUUUACCACCGCCACUGGUGCCAUACGUCGCCUUGA